GUGCGCGCUCGAGUUGAACGCGGUUGUCAGUGUCAAUUGGUUCGCCGCGGCGACUUAAGGUGUCGUCGACGUGUAACCCGACGUUGUACUCGAAAGUUUUUCCUCGCGUUCCGUCAUAGUUGAAAACAAUACGUUUGUCAUUCGUAUCAUCCCACGUUUAUUCUUGUGUGUUUACCAUCUCUGCUGUGAAAGCAAACGACAAAGCGGUUUAUUACGACGGUGGUUCGGAAGAUCGGAAUCGAUCAGAAACAGGAACUUCGAUUUUAACUCGUUCUCAAUUUUUUGUUCGCCUGUCUGCCCGUCAACGACGACGGGCAGCCACGUUUCAUCGAUCGAGCAAACAAGUUCUUUUUUUUUUUGGUGAUCCCGCUGAAAUAUCGUAAAAGCAGCGCGUCUAUUGGUGACGAUCCACACAGUGCGCACGAUCGGUCGAACGUGAGACUAAUCACGAGAAACUUCAUAGAGGCUCACUUUUUAUCGUUUCUCCUCUCCGCGUUAUUGCCGAUUAAAAACGUCACGUGUGGUGCCGGACAACGAGAGUAUAUGCAAAAGUACUCAGAAACGCAUCGUAUCCCUGCACGCUAAGUGGACGGGAGAACGCUCGGAUCGGAUACAUGUUAAGCGUGCUUUGAUAUCGGUGAACAUCGGUGAGACGUGCUGUGUCACUGCGCCCCGACGACAACACGAAGAGGCUCUUACAAGAUUGUGGCUCCCUGGAGAUCGGCGAGGAACGCCAACGUCGGGUCGCUAUGAUGGAGUCCCUGUGCCAGGUGAGCGGCACCAAAAACAUUGGCGGCAACGGAGGCAACGACAACAACACGAACGGCAACAACAACAACAACAACAACAACCCAAAUUGCCCGGAUCCCCAGCAGAGGCUGGCCGUGCUCAGUUUCGACCAAGUGAAGCGGUUGAACGACGUGAUGAACGAGGUGGUGUGCAUCCACGGGCGCGGAAACUUCCCCACGCUGGAGGUCAGGCUGAGAGAUCUGGUGAACGUGGUCCGCAGCAAGUUGGAGUCGGAUCCGAGCAGCGGCGGGGCCGGGAUGAGGGUGCGCGACAUAAGGCUGAACGGUGGCGCCGCCUCCCACGUUCUGGCCACCGAGUCGCAGCCGUACAACGAUCUGGAUCUGAUCUUCGCCGUGGAGCUGUCGAGCGGGCGGAACUACGACAAGGUGAAGGCCGCUGUGCUCGGCUCGCUGUUCGACCUGCUCCCAGAGGGAGUCAGCCGUAAACGCAUCACCACUUGCAGCCUGAAGGAGGCUUACGUGAGCAAAAUGGUGAAGGUGAAUAACGAAGGCGACCGAUGGUCCCUGAUCUCGCUGGGCAACUCGAGAGGGCACAGGAACGUCGAGCUGAAAUUCGUCGACUCGAUGAGGCGGCAGUUCGAGUUUUCCGUCGACUCGUUCCAGAUCGUCCUCGACUCGCUCCUCCUGUUCUACGAGUGCAGCAAGCUGCCCAUCGGCGAAAAUUUCUAUCCAACCGUGGUAGGCGAAUCCGUGUACGGCGACUUCCAAGAGGCGUUGUAUCAUCUUCACAAGAAACUGAUCUCGACGAGGAGUCCGGAAGAGAUUCGCGGAGGCGGUCUGCUCAAGUAUUGCAACCUUCUGGUCAAGAUGUACAAACCCUCGCAACCCGAGUACAUAAAGACGCUGGAGCGAUACAUGUGCUCGAGAUUCUUCAUCGAUUUCCCGGACAUCGGCCAACAACGCGCAAAACUCGAGAACUACCUGUGGAAUCACUUUGUCGGCCCCGAGGAGGAGACCCUCAAGUAUCAGUACCUGAUGUUGCUGCACAACGUGGUGGAGGAGUCCACCGUGUGCCUGAUGGGGCACGAGAGACGGCAAACGCUCGCCCUGAUCGAGAAUCUUGCCUACCAGGUGUUGUGCCAAGAGCAGCAACAACGGUUGACGAAUCAUCAGCAAGCCCCGCCCGGACCACCUGCCACCUACGUAUACGCGAACGGUUAUUAUUACGCUCCGGUGAUACCCGCGUGUUACACAUGCACCUGCAACUCGUGGAUGGCGUGCUCGUCGUGAUGCGAUCUCGACGCUAACGCCAUCGUCGCCGCCACCAGUAACGCCAUCACUGCUACCGCCACGACAACUACCGGCACGCUCAUCGACGUCCGCGACAUCUCUGCGAUCAUUACCGACUACGAAACACACGUCGAUCACGCUCUGCUUACCGACCACGCCGGGCAUCCUCCGUCAGGACACAGUCGACGGGAUGGUGAUCCUCGCUUCUUCGAAAAUUUCGAGAACGAUCGAUCGUCGAUCGUUCACGGGCCGAAGGAGUAUCGUUUAGUUCUCAGUUGACGCUUGGACGCGCAUCGAACGUCACGCGCAUUCGCCAAUUCCGAGCGCGACGUGGACGAGGAGUAAUAUUCUCGAGACGAGAAAGCAAGAGAGAAAAUGAUAUUCGCCGUGAUCGAUUCGUGAUGAUGGAUAACGAAGAUCGUCGGUGGUGAUGAACGUUUCCAUUCGGAUUCAAGACCGAGGAAGAGGAGACUCGACACCAAGAUCCAAACCGAGAAUAUUCGAUUUGUAUAUCGUACACGUUGUUCUCGUGUAUCCUUUCUCCUGAACGGUCUAUACACUACACUCUGCAAUAGAAUCGAAUCGGUUGUUGUCGUGGGGGAAGGACCAAAACACGAUGGUACUUGUUGUAAUAAUAAUAAAACUAACUUGGUCGUAGGGGAUCAACUGAGAGACUACAAGACUCCGAACGAAACAAAAUAAAAAAAAUAAAAAAAUAAAAAAAAAAAAAGAAAAAAAAAAAAAGAAUGAUAACAAACAAAGCGAAACAGAUAGAGAGAAAAAUAGCAGAAAAUGUGUUGUGCCUAACGAAUUCAAACGAAUAGUGGAGAGAAAAUGUAAAUGCGUCCGUUUGCGGGUACGCGCGGUAAACGAUACAGACGACUUUUAACGUUUACAUUCUUAUUUGUGCGCGCGUCGAAAUAGAACGAGAUAGACGCGUGUAUAUAUAUAUAUAUAUAUAUAUAUAUAUAUAUAAUAAAACUCGCGAUAGUGGCGCGAGAAAGACGGAGACUGUGCGUGCAUCGAGAGAGAAAAAAGAAAAAUAUGUUUCAAAGUCCCUGGGGAGAUGUGAACGGUAACCAUCUUCUAUCGCCAAGAUGAUUCCGAAUAGAGAAGGCGAUGGAAAUCAAUCGUGAGGCGGAGAAGCGUAUGGGAGAAGAGAUUCGAGAAAAAAAGACCGACGACGAGAGAGAGAGAAAAAACGAAAGGAUAGAGAGCGCCUGGAAUCGAGUCAGAAAAUGAGAGAAACGAUUGUUUGCGCGUUAUAAUAUGGAAGCGUCCGUUAGCGUUCCACGGUCGCUCUUUCUUUUCUUUUUUCCCCGGACAAAGAAAAACGAAAAACAAAAAAAAAAUAAUAAUAAAAAAAUAAAAAAAUAUACAUAUAUAUAUAUAUAUAAAACGAAUGGACACGAUGUUUCGAAGAAUGUAUACUAAAAAGGAAAGGUAAUACACAGAUUUCACAAAAAAAAAAGAAGACAAACAAACAACAACAACAAAAAUAAAUUUAAAACAGCAGGCUACGAAAAAACAUUAACGGGUGUGGCGUUUGCUAAAAAGAUAUUAAUUAUAAAAUAUAUAAAUAAAUAUAUAUAUAUAUAUAUACAAAUAUAUAUAUAUAUAAAAGUAUAUAUAGAUACAUGUAUAAAAAUCUGUGUAUAAAUAUUAAUGUGUGGCUGUGAACACAUUUCAUUUAGAUACUACUGUAACGUGAUAUAUAAGAUUGAGAAAAAAAUUGAGGAUGAGAGGCGCGAUCCAUGUGACGACAUGAGAGAGGUCGAGAGUUUGUACGCGGAGACAGAGAGAGAGAGAGAGAGAGAGAGAGAGUGUGAGAGUGGGAAAGAGAGUAAAGAAAAAGAACGAAGGAGAUAGAGAAGGAAGAAAAUCAACCAGGGGUGAAAGACGGUUCUAUUCGUUUUUAUAUCUUUUUCUAAUUUUUGCCAGUGAACCAGCGCUGUCAUGUCGCAAGUAAACAAAAAAAAAAAAA